AUGAGUGUGAGUGAAGUUAGAACCAUCACUGAGCUCAGCACGCUUUCACCCGAAACGAGGAAGGAAGUCCCAUGCGUCAACAUGAAUAUCCUAUACAAUCCAACCGGCUGCAGUACAACGAGUUUCAUCCGUCCUCAUCUGGGGAGAUCGCGUCAACAUGAAUAUCCUAUACAAUCCAACCGGCUGCAGUACAACGAGUUUCAUCCGUCCUCAUCUGGUCGUCAACAUGAAUAUCCUAUACAAUCCAACCGGCUGCAGUACAACGAGUUUCAUCCGUCCUCAUCUGGUGGGAUCGACCAACGAAUCUCUUAA